UAUCAAGUAAUCAUAUUAUAAUUAGCUUUUAAGCAUAGAUUAUGAAAUUACUACUGUAGAUAUCGCUUUCUUGGUCAUCACAUGGUCAUCUUCCAUCAAAAUCAAGAAAGGAACUGGCACCCACCACUAACGUAAUAAAAGCAAAGCAUGAGUAAGCAAACUACUUUAUUCGUCACUAUUAAAAACGCAGCUCAUCCUUCACUCUUCCUUCCCCUUCUCUUCUCUUCUCUCUUUCUCACUAAGCAACAAAGAAAGAAACAAUGAGCUUCUUCAUCCAAGACUCUGGUCUCAUUGUCACUCAACUUCUCUACCAAAUGGCUGUUUUCAUCACCCUCUUGAGAUGGAUCUUUGCUUGGAUCUUACGUUACCGAUCCAAAUCAAGAACCUCUGCUCCUCCCGUUUCUUCACAGGCCAUCAAACAGAGCCUCUCCGUGACUACGUUCCAUGACGCGUUGGAGCGAUCUCCGGAACUGAUCAGCGACACGUGUGCGGUGUGUCUCGGUGACCUGGAAGACGGGGAUGAGGUUAGAGAGCUAAGAAACUGUAGCCACGUGUUCCACCGCGAGUGUAUUGACAGGUGGCUGGACUACGAGUGCUGCGGCGGAGAUGGUAACGAGGGAGAGGAAGAUAACCACCGCACUUGUCCUCUCUGUAGGACUCCGCUUCUUGCUGCUGAUACAUCGUCGUGUGGGGAUUGGCCGGCCAAGACAGAACCUAGCUGGGCCGUUGAGCGGCUUCUCUACCUCUUUGGAGACGAUCUUCUCGUUUGACUUCUAUUUUUAUUUUUCAAAUUUUAUUUGAUUUUUAGGCGAUCAACUGAAAUUACGUUGGUCAAUUUUGUAAAUUGUGAAAUUAAUGGAUAUAAUAGGAAAUAUGAUUAUAAUAUCAAAAUUUUAA